GUGGCUAUAUCCUCCCACCCGUAUAAAUAAUCGCGAUAGGUUCAUUGAGAAACCCCAAAGAACAGAACCCUAAGGUGAGAGACUUUCUCUUCAUCUCUUCAAUUCGCAGCAGCAGAAGACGCGGGAAUUAUGAAGUUCAAUAUCGCAAACCCUACCACAGGAUGCCAGAAGAAGCUCGAAAUUGAUGACGACCAGAAGUUGCGUGCUUUCUACGAUAAGAGUAUUUCACAGGAAGUCAGUGGAGAUGCUUUGGGCGAUGAGUUCAAGGGUUACGUCUUCAAGAUUAUGGGAGGAUGUGACAAACAAGGAUUCCCAAUGAAGCAGGGAGUCCUCACCCCUGGGCGUCUUCAAGAUUAUGGGAGGAUGUGACAAACAAGGAUUCCCAAUGAAGCAGGGAGUCCUCACCCCUGGGCGUGUUCGCCUCUUGUUGCACAGAGGUGAAUGGUUGCUUAAUUUAUGCCUCAUUUGUUUUCAGGUUCUUUUUUUUUUUGGUAAAAGAAAGACUUGUGUUUUCAAAGAAUAUGGAGAUACAAGUUGACUAUGCUGUACAUAAUCAUAGUAGUUGUAAAAGUAUUGAGAUACUUUAAGGACAAAACAUAAUGUUAAUUGAGUUGUGCAAA